CAAGAGUCAGAUAGAUGCUUAAGUGACGAAGCAACCCAGGCACCCCUUGAUUUCUUACCUUUUUGUGUAAUUCUGACUGUUCUGUUAAGUUUAUUAUUUCCUUUUUCGGAAGGAGAGGAUACAUUUUACUUAAUCAGGUAUUUUUGAACAACUCUUUUUCGCAAGGACUGGUAAUUCAGGGUGAGUAUAAUCCCUAAUCUGGAGAAGUCUGUAUUCUGAGGCGUGUUGUUACAGAGACAUGUUGUUACAGACAUUUGCCACCUCAUGGUGAUUGCAUAGAAACUUGUAGGAGGUGAAAUGUAAAAGGAUAAUUGUUUUCACUGGCAACAUGAGAUGGGAAAUGAAGUUAUCAUAUUGUGUAAAUUGUGAAAGUGAGAGGUUAUCUAGGUUUUAUGUGUUUCUUUUUUCUUUACUCAUUGAGUAUAGUGAUAGCUGGUUCUCCUUAGUACCUGACUCAUGUUUGUUGGAAUUAUGCUCUGGACUAUUUGAGAAAUUCAGGUUAGGCUUUUUGGGGAUUUUGUUAUUUAUAGGAUCCAGGGUAGUAUUCAUUUGUUGAAUAUUGCUUUGUAUUUAUUCUCCGAACUCAGUGUUAAUCAUAGAUGUAAUUGAAUGCCUUUUAAUUUAGAGAAGUAGAUAUUUUGACUUUAGGUACAUGUUAUGGUAAAUAGAGUAACUUACUAAAAAUUUUUAACAUUGUGUUAUAAAUGGACCUUGGAAUAUUGUUUUCUAGGAAUUGUGAACUUGCCUGGUAUAUACAUUGAACAGAGAUUUUUACAGGUGUUUUUAAGUGAGUUUAAUCUUCUGACAAGUAUCAGAUAAAACUGAGAGUUUUCUUUAACAAGUUUUACAGCUGCAGUUUGCAAGAAGAGAGAAUAGUACCCUGCAUCACCAAGUGGAACAGAUGCUUCAAAAAAUUUCUCCUCUGCAGAAAUGUCAGGAAGAAUUGGGGUCUUUAAAAGCAGAGCUGGAAGAGAAGAAGAGUUCUCUCAAGUUGUACCAAGAUACUCACCAGGAAUAUGCACGUGUAAAAGAAGAAUGCUUGAAAACUGAUGCUCAGAAGAAGAAACUAGAAGCCAAGGUGAAGAAGCUGGAAGAGGCUGCUGUCAAGCAAACGCAGGACUUCAAGCAACUGAGGAAUGAGAAGAAAAUACUUGAAAAGGAAUUUAAGAAGACACAGGAACGGCUCGAUGAAUUUUCUAAACAGAAAAAUGAAAAGGAGUUGAGGCAUAUUGGAACACAAAUUUCAAGUGAUUCUUAUGGAAGCAUAGAUAAAAGAAAAGUAAAGCUGCUUCUGAAGGAGCUCUGGCUCUGCAUAAACACAACACACAGACUGCCUGGUGAAGGCAGCCGAUGCAUCACAGAGAAACCUGCCAAAGAAAACCCGGGGCCCACAGAGCCCAGGGACGAUGGUGUGCCCCCUCCAGCAGGCGGCAGGCCACUCCGAGCCGCAGCUGUGCAGACGUGCCUGGCAGAACUGUCCAUGGAAAUAGAGGGCGACUUCUCUGCAUGUAGACGUGUGGGGAGACACGAGUACAGUGGAGCCGCGCACUGCAGUGACCAUGUAGCUAACGAGGGCCGGCAUCCUGAACUUGAGGUGCCAAGGACUGACGAGGACAGUACUGACUUCUCUGAUCGUGAUCACUGUUUCGAUGAAGACCUCCAGGCUGCAGUUGACUUCUUCAGACUUCCCCCUCCUCUGUUGUCUCCGGUGCCGUCACCCCCUUUGGUGUCCCUACCACCCCUGAGCACGUUACCUUCUUCACUGGCGCCUGAAACCUACUUCGGAGAGUAUACAGAUUCCAGUGAUAAUGAAUUGUCCCAACAUAGAAAUUCUGCUGAGUCUGUUUCAGAAGAUGAGACAUCUGAAUCACAGUAUUUUGAUUCAUCCAGAAAAAGUAAAGGAAGUGGUGGUACCUGGGAGGAAAAGCUCAAAUCACAUGAAGCCUCCCAGGCUCUGACUACGCUGGAAGUAAAUGAAGUGACAACUGUCGGGUUUGGGACGUUCACAGCAACGCUGAGAGAGCCUUCAGCUGCAUACUCCGUAGCUCACGAGAAACACUGGAUGGUGUCAUCUGAGUCCGCGAGUGAUGGGAGAAGAGCCAUUUCAGAUGAGGCACAAAGACAGAGAGAGGUUAGGGAGGUGGAUAAGUCGGUGCAGACUGAGAACACACUUCAUGAACCCAUCAGAAACGUGUGUGUUGAGACGUCGUCUGGCAGCCGGGCACAGGGCAGGGGAGCGGCCCUCCGGAAGUCUGACGUGUGUUCCUCUCCCCUCGGCAAGAGGCCAUUCAGUGAACUCAUGGAAUCUGAAGGAAAAACCCUACUAUCCAAAAUGAUAGGAUCACCCAAAUCACAGUUUACUAAGUGGACACUAAGUAAUGAAAUCCCUCUUGAAUCAGACCAUCUGUCAAUCUCUGACCACCUCCAGGGAAUGUGUGGAGUAUCAGGAAGGAGACGGGAUGCUCAAGACUUCAUUUUAGGAGCAUCGCCUGAGCCAGAGGACGAUGUAGGUGACGCAGUGGGUGCCCCAGGGCUGCGUGGUGAUGCCAGCCUUUCUUCCUCUUCUACCUCGGGAGCAUCGUCUGUCUGCAGUGACUCUCCAUCUUCCUCUGGAUUGACGUAUGCUCAUGACCAACACAUUCCUGCUAAAGUUACCGCUGUGGAACUGCACCACUCAGAACAGCAGUUACAAGCUGAAACCUUGAACGUGCUAGAUCUGCAGCCUGAGCCCCCAGACUGUCCUGCCGGAGAGAACCAUCUGGAGAAUAGCUUGUGUGCUUUGAGCCCUGAGUUGGGAGCAUCACAUUUUAAUAAUGAAAGCAGCAGUGAGGUCAAGUCCACAGAUGUUUUGAAAGGCAUUCCCAAAGUCUGUUCAGUUGCACAGUCAGUAUUUAUAAAAGCUAUGAAAGACGCACAGUGCAGAAGCCAGGGUCCCAGAGCUGAGCUCCCCCUGACUAGGGCAGAUUCUACACCAUUGCUAGAGUCUCAGCGUGGCUUGACCAAGGGUGGGUUUGGUUUUAAAAGCCCUUCAUGGCACCAUAGUGAUGUGUUAAGAAGAGGUGGGGAAGAAAGGCUAAGGGCUAAGUCAGAACCCGAACAGAAGACUAACCAUCAGGUACAACAGGCAGCAGCAUCCUUAGAAAGUAGACGGUCCACAUCGAAGCCUGAACUUGCCUCAGAAAAUAACCCCAUGGGGCUCAGGGCUGCUACGUCACUGUUGCCGAACCAAGUGUCUGUGAUCACCAAGCAGGCCCGGCCCGACACAGUGCAGAGUGCUAGACUGGAACCCUGGAGGCAGCGGAGGACUGAGCCUCCCUUCGGGGCAGCACACGCCGGUCCUGGGGCUGUUCCCACGUCCUCUGUAGCCAGACGUGAUGGAGAGAGAGAGGACACGGCGUGGGCUGCCCAGGGAGCGGCUGCUAAUGAAGGGACCUCGCCACAAGUUUCUGCCUCAUGGAGAAAAUUAAAUUUCAGUUUUCCAAGUGGUUCUUCAGUCGGAAGUUCUCAUUGUUCCACAAAUAGCAAACCAUCUUUCUCUCCCAAAAACAUCCCUGUCCCAAAUCAAGACGUCACAACCGAAGCCUCAGCACAGGAGGCAGUGCCGAAGCAAAGUCUGCUCCUUCAUGCUGCGAGUCUGGACUCCUCUGGGCUGGAUGGGGACCGACUCCGUCCCGCUCCAGAAGUGCCAGCGUCAAGAAGUUUCGCUGUUGACAGAGUGCCCUAUGGGGGCACGGGCAGAUCUGGUAGCGAGGUCCUGGCCAUCCCGGAGGGCUCUCCCCGUGUCCGCCCGAGCCUGCAGGAGUCCCCAGAGCUGCCGUCUCAGACUCCUGGCAGGGCCUCUCCUGAAGGUCCAGGUACCACAGGGACGGCUCUCCCAUCGGCGAUUCUCAGAAAAGAUGAGGAGACGCGUGCUGUCCCUGCGAGUGCUCUCGCUGGGCCUGUGUGUUGUUACAUGGGCAUUCGGGAGGGAGAAGGUGGUGACACAGAGGUGGAGGAGAGUGAGGCGCCUAGUGGCAGCGAGGGGGAAAGUGAGCCCGAAGCCGUGCUGGGGGACAGACCGCUGGGGGCUGCUCACGCCUCCAGAAGAGGUUUAGGAGCCCCAGGUGCUGGCGCAGCCGAGACCCGGCCUUCCGUCGAGGUGGGCUGUCUGACCUCCGCGCUGCAGGACUUCAACAUCAGUACUCUUUCUGAGAUCGACGGGCUCUCUACAUCAGAGGUCGUGAUGUUUCUUGAAAGUUGUCAGUUAAGAGAUUACAGUUCAGGGGACUCUGUUUCAGAAUGUUCUAGCAAAGGAACCCUGCAUAAAGAAAUGAACAAAGACUUAAAGCCAGGUGACCUCUCAGGAGGAAAGUACAGAAAGCAGCUCUGUGAAGAAGAAACCCUUGAAACCUCUGAAGAGUGGAUUGAAUCCGAGGAAGAGGACGGUCCUCUGAAGAGCACAGGUCAGCUCACACGGCGCUCCUUGGAAACGCUGUCUGAGGUGCUCACCAGGUUUGGACAGGAGCUUCAGGCCAGCUGUGAGAGCUCUCCUGGAAAAGACGCUGCUGACUUAGUACUCUCAAAUACGCACGAUGACGUGACCAGUGAGCCUGUCAGAGAGCAUGUCCCCCCUCAGGGGGCGAGUGGCUUCCCGCCACACCCUUCAGGUACAUCCCCUCCAGUAGCCAGCAUGACUGGCAAGGGUCGUUCUCCUGCUAGCGGCUCAUCGAGUAACGAAGUCACUCCUGGCAGUCCUGAGGGUGUUCCCAGUGUCACCAGCCCGAUCCGCAGUGGGGCAGAGUCCUCCCCCCAGCGCUCUGACUCCGUGGUGGGGCAGACCACAGAAGGCAGUGCUGAAGAGGGGGCAGAAACGACGUUUCAGUGCCAGAUAUCAACAGUGACCUCCGAAGUCAUAAACGUGCUCAUCAAUAAGGAUCAAAAUCUCGUCAUUGAAAAAGGGGACCACUGGACCAUCAUAAAUGGGGUAGCUCUCAUGCCAAAUGUGGACCAGGUCAUACUGUGUGACACUCCCGAAGACAUCCCUGUUUCCCCAGAUGGAGGAGGCCUGGGAGCUGGCUUCAUUUCCCUUACUUCCAUGGAGAAGUCUCCAGAGACCGGUCACCCUGGCCCUCCAUUUCAGGAGCCCCAGUGCGGCAGCACCCUAUCAUGUGCCCAAGAGGAAAUUUCCAGCAGUAGCCAGAGCACCAACUUUGAUAAAAGUCGUUUGCGUAACAGGCCUGUCAAACCUAGCGUAAGGAUUAGUUCUGAGAUCUAUGAUCAGAACUUUGAGUCUCAGACCAUUGCAUCUGAUCACACGUACUUUAACUCAAAACUAGAGCCAUUCAGCAAAAAUAAGAAUCGAUCAAAGAUUUCAAACAAAGAUCAAUCAAACAGGUCGGCAAAGGCUUUGGCAUCAGGCCGAGUUGAAACUAAUCAGAAUGAAGGUUCUCAGUCAUUUUCAGGGGAAAGAGAGAGCACAAAAACUCAGAGAAAUCAAACUCAGACCAUUCUAGCCAAUGCUGACACAUCAACUCCUACAGAUUGUUCUGAUACCCUGAGUAAAAUCCGGCAGGAGGUAGGGCCCCCUCUGCCGCCCUUGCUUGCUCCUCUGGUCGCUACACCUCCAAGGACUUCGCAGCCAGUUUCUCCGCUGCUAGCAACUUCCUCUCCCUCCUCACCUACCUCUCCUCUUGGCCAGAUUUCUCCCUUGUGUGAACUCCCUGUGCCUCCUGUGAUGUCUCCUUUGCUGGAAGAGCCGGGAUGCCUCUCUCCCCCAUGCACAUCUCCGUCCCCAUCUGCUGCACCGGCCGGCGAGAGGAUAGUGUCAUCACCCUUGCAAUUUUGUGCUGCUACCCCAAAGCAUGCCCUCCCUGUGCCUGGCCGCCUCCCGCCUCUGGCUUCUGCCCACACGGCUGUGGCUGGACCCCAGGAGAAUUCCGUUAAAAUCCUCGACACCAUGUACCCAGAGCUGUCUGCCAGGGCCCGUACCCUCAACAUUCUCAAAGGGAACAUUCAGCUCACUCGAGGUCCUCCUGCAGACCGUAAGAGCUUAGUGGGGCCUGUCAGUGCUAUCACAGGCUUCAAGGCAAUCACCUCAACAUCCACCGCCUUUGUUAAGACAGGGGGCAGCUCAGGGAGUGACUGUAGUCAGGACAAAUCCAGAGAUGGGGGGACUCGCCAGGAUGCAGGGGGGAAAAGGACAUUGUCUGCAUCUACGCUGAGGAGCGCCAAAAGACUACGGCUGGACAGCAGGUCCCCAGAACCAGAAACUGGGGGCACCACUACAGAAGGAGUCAGCAAGGCCCUCCGGAGGAGCCUCCCUCAAACUGAAGCUGUGGCGGCAGAGGAAGAAAGUUCUCCUCUGACCGUCAGUGCGGUUUCACAGUUGCCUCCAAACCCAAAAGAAACUGUAGAGUCCCAUGACAAAGCCAUAGCUGAUGCACUGAAGAAGAUCGCAGAGUCGUCUUUUGAUCUCUUACCUGUCAUUCGAAGUCAUGUGUAUGUGGGAAAUAUCUCCAAAAAGCCUGUCAUGAGAGAUCAAGAGAAGGAAGUUGUUCAUGAGUUUAGCACAACCAAAAAGCAUUUGGCAGAGUGCUUGCUGCACUCUAUUCUCUCAGAACUGAAACUUCAGAAGAUCUCCGUGGAGCGCAAUUACAUUCACGCCCUCUGCAGAGUGUAUGUGGGCAUCUGUCGGCAACUUGGGGACUUGGAAAGAGCUCGUUUGUUUUGCUAUAGCCUACUUAAGGAAGAUUUUCCAGAGUCAGAGAAACUGACUUUGUUCAUUGCAAAUAUGUGGCAUGACAUAUUUAUUUCCCAAUCGGUGAUUAAUAAGGCAAUGCAGUUGGUUGCCAGGCAACGUGCUAAAGGAGAGGUCCGGAACUGUUUGAGAGCCUUUCUCAACUGGGAAAAGAAUGCUCCUGUGGAUGUGGGUUUCAUGGUUUCUAAGCUGCUGUUGACCAUACAGUUGUGUCCAAAAACGGAGUUUCAGUCCAGUGAAAAAUUUGGGGAAGACUUAAGUGAUAACACUUGGGAGUACAUAUUUGCUAUUGACCUGCUCUGCUGCCAUCAGAAGUGGAUUUGGACACAUGAUAACAUUAUAAGUAAAGAGCUGUGGCCUGUAAUGGAUAAGUGGAUAAAAUACAGAAAAGGACAUGCGAACAUUGCAUAUACUCCUGAUAUUAUUAUAGCAUCGAUACUGAGGCUGAUCGGUCGCUUAGGCCAGCUGGGCUUGAAGGAGGGCUUCCCGUCCGCCGUGAAGAACAUCAGCUCCGUCAUCGGCAUGUUCAUCCAGCACGCCCGGGAUGAAGAUAUCCCGUGGGGCAUCCAGCUGGCGGCUGUGUACGCGCUCUGUGAUUUGAGUCCCAGCAAUCCAGCGGAAAUAUCCAAGAUCCUGGAGGCCUGGCGCCAAGAGACCGUGCACAGCGUGCCCUCCGCGGUGCUCAGCUGCCUGGAGGAAGUCAGCUCACUGUGCGCGGAGGAAGUCAGCUAAGCCGCCCCGCACCCGUGUCUAGAGAAGUGCCUUUACAUAUCUCGAGUACAAAUAGAUGAGUCCGCUCGCGGAGCACAAACUGAGGUUUCAAAAGGAAAGACAUCGAAGGGAGAAAAUGCCCAGAGGCUCUCCUCACUGUGGCGAGGAGACAGAAGCCGGCCGUGGCAGGGCUGCCUUUCCCUAAACCGCAUACAUUUCACUUAAGGCUGUUGUGAUUCCAUGACAUGUGGGUUGUAUUAUUGUGUCUUGGUCAAACAACAAAAACUUGAACUUGCCCUUUUUUGCUGCAGAAAGUGUCCUUUAGUCGCUUUUUAAAAUUGAGUGGCAUUUUAUAAUGAAUUUAAUAUAAAGGCAUUGAUUUGGUUCCUAGGCUAAUUUUGAACUUUGCGCUGAAAUGAUUGACUAGGGAAAAAUAAGCUGGCUGAGAAAGAGCUAGAAGACUCUUCGGCUGUCUUAGCUGGAAGUGGGCUUCAAAAUUGUUUCUCACGGUGUAGUGCACGACUGGUCAGAGGAGAACCCAAGAGAACCUUAGAGACCCGUUCUAGUGCAUCAUCUUCCUAUCUCUGCAGGCCCUUCAGACUGUCACUGUAUCAGGACAAGGAGGGCUGAAGAGUAGACGUUCACUUGCAGGCUUUGUGUCAGCGACCUGUUUGUACAUAGACGAUUCAGAGACGCGCAGGCAGGUCUCUGUGUGUGCCGUGUAUAUAUGGACCGUGCUAUAAUGUGUUUCACAUUUGAUGAUAUUCCACUUUCGGAAUUUUAGUAUUUGUACAUAGAAAAUGGGUUUAAUAACUCACCGUGGUUCUGAUUUGUCUUAUAUUCAUCAUUUCUUAAAACUCUUGUAUGUGUUUUUUAUAAUAAAAAAUUAAAAGUAA